CAGGACUGAACCCGUUGUCCUUUGACCCGUCCUCCAACAACGAACCCCUGCAGUUCAGCAACUCAAACGUGCCGCUGGUGUCAGACUGUCCCCUGGAGAACGGAGCUGAGAAGAGCAUUAAGAGGAAGAGACCCAGCCUGCUUCCAGAAGGGAUUCGUAACAUGUCCAUGGACUCCAACCCGAUGCCCAUGUCAGAACCCAACGCCUGGGCCACCGCCAUAAACAACCUUGGCAUGGCUCCCAUGAACAUGACGGGACAGCCCCUUCUGUCAGAUUUCGACCAGGGCCUUGGCAUGAUGACAGGCAUCGCUCCCAUGAACCCCAUGAUGCCCGGGCUCGGCAUGGUGCCCCCACCCCUCCUCCCCUUUGAUCUGCCCAUUGUCAAGGAAAUCAUUCACUGCAAGAGCUGCACCCUCUUCCCCCCCAACCCCAACCUUCCCUCUCCGGCCAUCAGGGAGCGCCCUCCCGGCUGUAAGACUGUGUUUGUCGGUGGUCUGCCAGAGAACGCUACCGAGGCCCUCAUCGUGGAGGUGUUCGGCCAGUUGGGUGAGAUCAUCGCCAUCCGCAAGAGUAAGAAGAACUUCUGCCAUAUCCGAUUUGUCGAAGAGUUCACCGUGGACAGAGCCCUCUUCCUGUCUGGCUACCGUAUGCGUCUGGGCUCCAGUACAGACAAGAAGGACACAGGGCGGCUCCAUGUGGACUUUGCCCAGGCCAGAGACGACUUGUAUGAGUGGGAGUGUCGUCAGCGCCUGUAUGCCAGAGAGGAGAGACACCGCAGGAGGAUGCAGGAGGACCGUUUCAGACCCCCCUCCCCUCCACCCAUCGUCCAUUACUCAGACCACGAGUGUAGCCAGCUGGGCGACAAGAUCAAAGAUGAAGCAGCGUUUGCGGAGGCGGUAAACGUGCUGCUGACCUGGGUGGAACGCGGUGAGGUGAACCGUCGUAACGCCAACAACUUCUACUCCAUGAUCCAGUCGUCCAACAGCCACAUCCGCCAGCUGAUGAGUCACAAGGCCACCCACGAGAAGGAGUUGGAGGUGGCCAAGGACAAGUUCAAGACCGCCCUGACUGGCAUCCUGGCACAAUUUGAGCAGAUUGUGUCUGUAUUCCACGCUGCUUCCAAACAAAAGGCAUGGGACCAUUUCUCCAAAGCUCAACGCAAGAACCUUGACAUGUGGCGCAAGCAAGCAGAGGAGAUCAGAAACAUGCAAAAUGAAGAGCUGAUGGGGAUCAGACGAGAGGAGGAGAUGGAGAUGUCUGACGAUGACAUGGAGGAUACACACGAUCCUGACGACUCAGGCCCUGUGGCCCAGGUGGAGGCCCUAAAGGAAGAGAAUGACUCUCUGCGCUGUCAGCUGGACGCCUACAGGAACGAGGUGGAGCUGCUGAAGCAGGAGCAGGGCAAAAACCAAGAACACACACCUCCACAACACAGUGAAGAGAACACCAUCAGGCAGCAACAACUAACCUUUCUACAACAGGCACUACAGGGAAUGCAGAAGCAACUGCUGAAGAUGCGUGAGGAAAUGAAACAGAGGGAGGCAGAGUUGGAGAAGAGUGUGGAGGACAAACAGCAGCUGGAGCUCCAAGUACAGAGCCUCAAGGAAGGACUGGAGAGUCUGAAGAAAACACGCACACCACAGCCGGAGACAUCACCGCGAGAUGACAGAGGGAGCGAGGAGAGUGCUGAUCAAGUCAAUGAGGCGACAGCGUUAGAAGUGGUUUCCUGCAGUCAGGAGAAGGAGAGUCUGCCCCCAGAGAAGAUUCCCUCCAGUCCUGUUUACUCUGAGAGAGAGGCCUUGCUAGUUGGGAUCAUCUCUACGUUCCUCCAUGUCCACCCAUUUGGAGCCAGCAUCGAAUACAUCUUCUCUUACCUACAGCAGCUGGACACCAAGAUAAACACCGGACAGGUGGGGGCUCUACUGGGUCGGCUGCCCUGUACCUUCAGACAGGAGCUGACAGGGGUGGGCGCCAGCCUGGAGAAACGCUGGAAGUUCUGUGGUUUCGAGGGAAUCAAGACCAAAUAGAGCAUUACAGAGACACAGCGGAUAUCACAGGGACACAGAAGAAACAGCAUUAGGCUGCAUUAUGAGGACACUAAGGAUACAGCCUCUGUGUACGUGACAGAGAGGAUGACUCGUCUCCAGGGUGACAGAGACCUCUAUAACACCUCCAACACCACACUGCUCUGCUCUGUGCCCGACUCUGCAACACCUCAUGAGAUAAAACACUGGGAGUCCCAGAGGAGUAUCAGUCCAAAGGUGCCAGGGGAUUUGCUGUUAGUCCAUCACAUUGGCGGACUGAACCGUUCUCAGAGCCUCUAACUGGUUAACUCUGCUGUCAAUCAACCAAGACUACUACCCAUGACCACGUUCAGUUGCCAAACGUUGUUGAAAGUUGCAAAUAGAAAUGCCAUGAAUAGCCAACAUGAUUCCUCGGUCAACGUGUUCGGAGAGGCAUGUUUGUUCUAUGUGGUACAUUUCUAUCGGAAAGUUCCUAAAUGUUGUGGCCUGCUGAACGUGCCCCAGGGAGGAUAUCAGGGUCUGCUGAACACUUUCCACUUCUUUCUGCCUUUCUCUUUUCUCUCUUUUGUUCCGUGUUUGAGCAAUUCUAUAAAUAGAUUGUAUAUAUUACCAUACUUUCUGUAUGGGCAUCGUCAUACCAGAUGACUUCAGGAGCUAUCAGGUGGUUGUUGUUUGUUUUCCAUGUGAACCAACUGAAAAUUCUCAAUCAAUGUGUAUUCAGUUUUAAUUUAGUAUUCAGUGCUCUUUGUUUGAACUCAAAGAAUAAUCAAGGCCCAACAAUUAGCAUUUCUUAUGCCCACGUCUAGGUAGUCUCUCCCCGCUACUGUCUGCAUUUUUCUGUUUAGUACCUAAUGAACACGACCCUGGUAAACAUAAUGGACCUCCAGCAGUUGGCAGGGGUAAUAGCGUUUUUAUGAGUAUACCUUCACGUGGUAGGGGUGGUAGGUAGCCUAGGUUAGAGCGUUGGGCCUGUAACCUAAAGGUCUCUAGUCGAAUCCCGAGCUGACAAGGUGAAAAAUCUGUU